GUGAGAGAGAGAGCGAGAGGGAAGGAAGUGGGACUGGGCUGCGUUGUGACAGUUCUCGAGACGCCGCCUCCGUUUUUGUUAUAUUCGUGUUAUAACCGUUCCCUCGUGUGUUCUCAUUUUGUGCGAAGGUGUAGCAGUGUUGGAGAAUUAAGUGACGUUUCGAGUUUUUUUUUUUCGUGCGAGCUCGUAGCGUGAAUGGCUAACAGAUGAACGUGACGCUUGCUAGGCCUACCUAUGCUGGACUUGGCGUGUGUGAAUGACCGGAUCAAGGCUGUCACGUUGAAUUUGCUAAUAACCAAAGAUUCUACCUCUACUCCAAUCUACCGUUGCCAAAGAUCAUAGAGCAUUUAUUUAUUCGACGUACAUAGUGAUAUUUUUAUUUAUUUAAUUAUCGUCAAAUUAUAAAGAAGAGAUGGAAUCCCUGGCCUUGAAGAACGAGGCCGAGUUCCUCCUCAGUGAGUACGACACUCUGGGCGAUCUCUGGGGCGAGAUAGAAAACAUCACGCCCAACCUGCAGGACCCGAGCCACACAGGCGCCCACUACCUCGUCAACGCACAAGCUGUGGGGGGGAGCAGCUACCUCCCAGCCCACGCCAAGCACACCUAUGGGCGUGCGGUGGGUGGCGGAGGCGUUACUGCGCCCUCACGCCAUCAGCCUCAGCUUUUGCAUUGGCCCAACGCCGGAGGCAGCUUGGGUCAGGGCCAGACGGUUCUGCAGACGAGCAAACUCCCGAGCGGCCAGAUCAUCGCCAUCCCCGCCAAGCAAAGCCUCAAUGUCCAGAAUAUUCGGGGAAACCAGGUGAUGGUACCUGUAAACAGUGUACAGAUGAAGUCUCCACUUAGAAGUGUGGAUCAACAACACACGGGAAUGACAGGAAGAUCAUCUCUCGCCACUUCACCCGUUGUCAUUCGGACUCAAACUGGAUCGCUCACUGCAAACCCUGUGACUCUUCAAACUUCUCAGACAACGCAACCACAAAUUCUUCAGCAGCAGCAACAGCAGCAGCAUCAACAGCAACAGCAACAACCACCUCCACCUUUGCAACCCCAACAGCAGCAACAUAGUACCCAGGGUGUAGGAGCUACGCCACCAAAAAGUCUAAUCACAACUCCAAUAUUAGAUCAUAGUGGGGCGCGGAAAAGACAUGAUUUUGACUUCGAUUACGGAGUUGAAAGUAAGCGCAGGAAGAGUGAGAAAGGUGGAAAAGGAUUGCGUCACUUUUCCAUGAAGGUUUGUGAAAAAGUGAAGGCGAAGGGUACAACUUCAUACAAUGAGGUAGCAGAUGAACUGGUGUCUGAAUUUACAGAUCCUGCCCGAUGUGCAUCACCUUCAGAUGGUGCCAAUUAUGACCAGAAGAAUAUCCGACGCCGUGUUUAUGAUGCAUUGAAUGUCUUGAUGGCCAUGAACAUCAUAAGCAAGGAGAAGAAAGAAAUCCGAUGGCUUGGCCUCCCCACAAACUCCGCUCAAGAGUGCCGGAAGUUGGAACAGGAAAGACAUAAACGUGUGGAACGUAUUAAGCUGAAGACACAGCAAUUGCAGGAUCUCAUUUUACAGCAAAUUGCUUUCAAGAAUCUGGUAGAACGCAACAGGAGUGAAGAGCGUGUCCAUGGAGCUCCAUCGCCAAACUCUGCUAUCCAGUUACCCUUCAUUAUUGUUAAUACUAGCAAAAAAACAGUCAUUGACUGCUCAAUAUCUAAUGACAAAACCGAAUACCUUUUCAACUUCGAUGACACGUUUGAAAUCCAUGAUGACAUUGAAGUUUUGAAACGAAUGGGCAUGGCUUUAGGUCUAGAGAAAGCCCAAUGUUCAAAUGUGGAUUUGGAGAGAGCCAGAUCAAUGGUACCAAAGGCACUCGAAAGUUACGUUACAGAUUUAGCCGAGGGUAAUCAUGAGCCCAAGCUGAAUCUGCGCGAAGACCUGAGUGUCCUCGGCAGCGAACUAUAUGGGGAGGAAGACAUAGAGGUGGGGGGCAUGACACGUAGUGGAAGUGGUGGUGCAAGUAGUGGGAUUGGAGUCAUAUCUCGUCAUUCCUCCUUAAUUUCCCUCCAACAUGAACACCGACCUGACUCUGCCUCCCCGUCCUCCUUUGGUGAUGAGGAAGAUGAAGAUAUGCUUGAUGAUUCUGAUGGUGACAUAAGUUAAUUGGAGGAGCAAAUACACGUGUCUAAGAUAGACAAAGGGUUGAACACCAGAUGGGCUUUAACAAUAAGAAAGGGUAUUUAACAUAGGAAGUGUUAUUGUGUGUGAGAAGUGCAAAGGAAUUUUUGAUGGUUGAAGGUCAGAUUAUGGCCAGUGAAGUGAAUUUAUUAUUGUUUUAUUUUAUUACUAUGUCUUUAAGUUGUGUGUAGGCCUACUUAUAAAGUAGGCAAGUCAAAGAGACAGUGUGAAAUAUUUUUUACUACAACAUGAAAAUUUGGAUGGAGAACCAACCCAAAAGUGUUGGUUACAAGAAUCUACAGAAUGUGAUGUGAGUGGAGUGAAGUGUUCUUACCCUCCCAGUGUUUGGGAAUGGCUGCAGCGGUUCCUGAGGCUUAUCUCAAAGGACAGAUAUAAUAGGGGUUGCUGAAAAUCUGUCAGAAAGAGGUGCUUGGUUG